GUCGGAGUUUGAUUGUUGGACUUGGAGGAUGGUGGAGAGCCGGAGCUCCGUCCAAAGGGAGGGGGUGUACCGCUGGUUCUCCUGCCUCAGCUCGGCCCAGAGAGCGGAGUUCCUGUGCGGCCUGCUGGACCUCUGCGUCCCCGUCGAGCUCCGGUUCCUGGGCUCCUGCCUGGAGGACCUGGCCCGCAAGGACUACCACUCCCUGCGGGACGCGGAGAUCAGGGCCAACAACCCCGCGGACCUGUUGGGCCUCACCAACGUCACGGACGAGGUGGUGCGCAGCAAGCUGCUGGUCUCCCUGGCCCUGCUCGGCUCGGACAGCCGGGAGGCCGCGGGGGUCCUGUUCCGGACCCUGACCCACAUAGACACGGUGAUCAACAAUUACGGGCUGGCGCUGAACGACGGGAGGACGGAGGAGCAGUUCCUCCUGCUCUUCACCAUGGCCUCCAACCAUCCGGCCUUCAGCUUCCACCAGAAGCAGGUGCUGAGGCAGCAGCUGGGUCAGAUCCAGGACAUCCUGCAGGUGAACAGAGGAGGAGGCGCAGCAUCAGGAGGAGGAGGAGGAGGAGAACCAGCUGCAGGGCCCGGCUGUGAUGGAGCUGCUGUUUGUUACGCUCAGCCUCCUCACCAUCAGACCAUGUCCGCGCCUCCGGCCUCCAUGUCUCCUGCUUCCUCCCCGCCCAGCGCCAGCUCCCUGCCUCUGUCUGCCCAUCAGCCCUGCAGCACGCUCUGCACCUGCUGGAACAAGAAGCAGAACCUUGAGGCCUCCACAUGUUCAGGGUCCAGCUCCAGAGCUGCUUCAGAACAAGGAGAACAAGCAGUCCAUCCAGAGUUUGCGUCUCCUCACCCGGACCUCCGUUCUCCACCUCUCACACCGACCCACCUGCCCCCGGCACUGCCUGCCGGGCCGGGUCAGGAGGCGCAGAUGAAGAGCCACCAGUGGAAAGCAGGGAAAGCGGUGAUUGAAAAAGUGGUGCUGAGAGGAGUGACGCACAGGUCAGAGGAUGCCAGAGAGUAUGUGUUUGAGGUGAGCUGUUCUGAUGGUUGUGUGUCGACUGUUGCCAAAACUCAGCAGGAGGUGUCAGAGCUGAUCUCUCAUCUGUCGCAGGAGUUUCCUGAUGAUGGACUGGAGAAGUUCUUCCCUCAGUCCUUAGAGGUCAACUCCAGGUAUCUCGCGUCCCUGCCCUGCCACGUCCUCCAGCACCCCACCGUCCAGCUGUUCUUCACCUCCAAUGGGCCUCUGUCACCCAGCUGUCCCUCAUCUCCUCCGAUGUCUUCCCUCCCUGCAGCCCCUGCCUGCCCGUUCACUUCCAGCUCCAGUCUCGGCUGCAUGCUGCAGUACAGAGGAGCCAACAGGGCGGUGUACAGGGUGGCCAGCGUUCAGCCCGUCGUCAGCACCCACAGCUCCGUGUUGACCCGCUCCACUCCCCACCUCCUGCCUCCCCCUCUUCCUCCUCCCCCGCAGCCUCACUCCAUGUCCACAAGGAGCCCUAUGGCCGUGGGAGGGGAUGCCUCCUCCCAUCCGCACCACGCAUACUCUCUUCCCCCUUACCUUCACCUGCAAACCGGCAGUCAGCCCGGUUUGCACCUGUCCCAGCCCCGCUCCCCGUCCCAACCAGCACCGCCAGCCCAGUCUCAGCCCGGCUCUCCGGAGCAGAACGGCAUUCUGGACUGGCUGCGCCGACUACGUCUGCACAAGUACUACCCUGUCUUUAAACAGCUCACAAUGGAGGAGUUUUUAGGGCUGACAGAAGAGGACCUUAACAAGUACGACCUGACCCAGGGAGCAAAAAAGAAACUCAAAACCCAACUGGAGCUCCAAAAGUCAGCAGACAGAGAAAUGAAAAUGGAGAAGCGACCCUGCAGCGGCAUCGCCAGGGUGACCCCUUCCAGUCACAUGGGCCCCCUAGCUCACCCCUCCUCCCCUGCAGGAGAUCUUCGGGUGGAGGUGGACAGCGUCCCGCUCCAUCACCUGGCGUCCGCAGACUGCAGCUCCUCUUCCGGUUACUCCAGCUCGUCCUGCUCGCCUCGGACGUCUCAAUGCUGCGACUUGGCCUUCGACAGAAACCGAGACGUUCUCAGACGUGUGUCGGCUCCAGAUGCAGCAGCAGCUGCUUCAGAUAAGGACCGGACCUGCCUCUUCAUCCUGAACUCCACCUGCCCCACCGGGUCCAGACGCCCCACCGCUCAGGUCCUCCCCGUCCAGACGGACCCAGCUCCUCCUCUUCCACCCUCCUGCUCCUCCCACCCUCCCUUCGGCCUCCUGCAGACUCCUUUCCACCCUCAGCCCAUCUCAAACCCAGCACGGAUCCUUGCCUCCCCCCGGAAACCCAGACCCGCCCCGUUGUCCAUGGAAGACAGGACUAAGCUGCCAGGUGCGGCUUCAGUGGGGGGAGGCUUUGGUUCAGGUCCUGGGGUGGGGGUUGGUGUUGGUGUUGGGGUGGCGGCAAGGCUGGAGAACCAGUUCACUGGACUGACAGUGGAUGGGUCCUCCGGGCUGCAGGGGGUGGGGCUUUGUUGCAGUCAAGGUGGAGAAGGUGGAGGUGCAGCGGGUCUGGUGGAGACGAGUUCUGCUCUGACCUCCACCUCCAACAGCCUCCACCACGUCUCCCAGCCUCCCCUCCUCUUCCACCUCUCCUCCUCUCCAACAGGAUACUACUCUUACCCUCCUUCCUCCUCCUCCUCCUCUUCCUCCACUUGCACUUCCUCCAAGUCUGGCAGCUCCGGAGGUGCAGGUGGUUAUGUUUCUAUGGCAACAACCAGCACCGUCCCUGUGGCUGCAGUACCUGGUAACGCUUACUACUUGACCGCCUCCAGCCCCGCCCCGUUUGCCUGCCCCGCCCCCUCAUCAGACCAGAGUUUACCUCACAGCCCCUCCAUGUGUGUCUGCAGCUCCUGCGGUUGCCGUGGCAACUGUGGCGCCUACGGGGCGCCCUUACCUGGAUAUGCAGCCGCCGGCUACCUGCAGCCGUUCUCUGCAGGACCGUCUCUCUUCACCCUCAGUCCUCUCCUCCACCUCAGCCCCUUCGUGGCCCCGUCCAGCACCGCCGGCCCCGGGGCCCCGCCCUUUCCCUACCCGAUGAUGAUCCCGCCGCCGCUGUACCGCCAGAGCCCCACGUCACAAGACCAGCAGCAGAGCUUCGGUUUCUACCAGCAGCACGGUCUCAUGGGAAACCAGAAACGGGCAGCGGUGAACGUGUCGUGUUGUAACUGCGGCGCCAGCAGACACCGAGCCGAGGAGUGCAAACAGCCGCCGAUGGAUUCCACGCAGCAGGGGAUGUUUCGGCUGAAGUACACGCCUCACUCUCCGAGUAAAGACUCGGGGGACUGA